GCCAGACUGCCUUUUUACCACUCUAUUAUGUAUUUACUAACAAAAUUAGCUGUUCCUGCCUGUUCUUGCAAAUCAAUUAUGCCGUAAAUGGCAGUGCAAUAAAUAAGUGUGCAAUAUUUAAUUACCCAUUGAUAAACGGAGCUGGCUACGAAGUACCGAUCAGAACAGCGAACAGCUGGCCUUAGACGGAGACACAUUCCAAUGCACUUUCUCCCGAAGAAAACCCGUCGAGCGGCUUAUUUGACAUCCAUUCCGAUAUCAAUACAGAGAAUAGAGAGAAAUAGCGAGAAAUAGAGGCCACCGCAGCACCUGUGUGGAGCGACAACAAAAAAAGUUGAUUGGCAUCGUCUUGGCCAAUUUUAUUGGGCAUUAUAGCCGCCAGUCAGUCACAUACAGUCCGUUCUUGAGUUCGCCACGAUUCUAAAGCGUUUUGCGCUGUUUGCCUACAGCACUCCCAAGAAUUCGUAAUUUGCAUAUAUAGAGCCGGAGAUAUAUGCAGAGUAUUCGACUAUUCCGACUGCUAGGCGUAGCAUGUUCAACGAACUGAGUCAGCCGCCUUGAAAUUCAGCGCUAAAACAAAACAGGAUGGCUUCGAUUGUGGAGAAAGUGCGUCGUGUCUUGGAGGCCAAAGAUCUGGGCAACAUCACUACGGAAUUGUGCGACUUUUCUCUGAAAGAACAAAAUGCCACCGCGGAGGCCCAGGGAGUACAGCCCUCAUCCACCUCCGAUUUUGUGCCCAUUCUUGGCCAGACGGUCACUUAUAUUGUGGCCUGUGUGCUGAUCAACGAGCACGACGAGCUGCUCAUGAUCGAGGAGGCCAAACAGAGCUGCGCAGGCAAGUGGUACUUACCCGCCGGCCGCAUGGAGCGGGGCGAAUCCAUCACUGAGGCAGCCGCCCGGGAAGUUUUCGAGGAGACAGGCCUGAAUGCCGAGCUGACCACCCUACUGGCCGUGGAGGCGGCUGGUGGCUCUUGGUUCCGCUUCGUGCUCACGGGACGCAUUACAGGCGGUCGGCUCAAAACACCAGCGGAUGCGGAUGCCGAGUCCAUCCAGGCGAAAUGGGUGCGCAAUCCCAAGGAGGUGCCGCUUCGGGCAAACGACAUACUGAACAUCAUUGAUAUUGGACGAGCCUACCACCAGGGACAGAAGAUUGCAAUCACUCCAUCGCCCUGGCACGGAAGGAUACUGCCCACACGCUUUUCGCACAAGCGGAAUUAUCUACGUGUUUUGGCAGUCGCUCGCAAGCGGGCCCACAACUCGCUCAAUAUCCUGGUCAGCGAGAAGAAUGCCCACCACUUCCCUACGGUGGAACUGCAUCCGAAUCGCAGCCUGCACUCUACGCUGCGCAAGUUUAUGAUUGAGAUUUUUGGCGCAGAGCUGCCACAGCAUCGGCCACAUGGCUUGCUCAGUGUGGAACACUCCCCUUCGGAGCAGGAGAACACGGAUGGUAUAUGCCUGAAUCUGCUGGUGGCCUUUCGACCGCCACUCGAGGAAAUCUCGUUGAUCGGCAAGUGCAUUUGGCAGGAACUGGGAGCACCACUGGAUGAGAUGUUGGGACGAAUUGUCAGCAGCAAGAACGCUUCGAUUCCCCUCAACGUGGUGCGCUAAAUGCCUUGUACUUUAAAACUAGAUUAAUCUGUCCUAAUCUAUGGUGCAAGCAAUCUAUCUGUUAUUAGUUGCAAUUAAAGACAACCCUAACUGACUGUUA